CGUCCACUUUUUUUAAGUUGGCUGCAUGUGUGUAAAAUUGAAAUUAUUUUAAGAAAAACUCUAUAAAUUAAUUAACUGUGAAGUAAAAUAAUUAAGUGUGAAUAUAAAUAAUUAGUGUAAAUAAAAAUGUGGCUGUUCGGCGUUGGACGAAAACAGGACAGCAGCACGAGUCAACCUGUCCAACGUCAAAUUUGUAUCCGAACCCGAGACGGGAUUGACGAGCAAGGCGAACCUGUGACCUUAUCGGGGGGACCGAUGACGACGGGAAGUAAUGGUCAUGUGACGACGACUACAACGACGUCGACCACUUCGAGAUUUGCCUCCUCAUUUCGACAAAGUUUGAACAAUUCGUUUUCUGGGCUGUUUCGUGGGGGGGACACAUCUUCCGCGGGCGGAAGGAGGGGGACGGGGACGUCGUCUUUUGUUGGUGACGAUGAAAGUGAGGUGGAUGGGAAUGUGAAUGGCAGAAAUGUAAAUGGUGGUGGAGAUGAGGACGAUGAUAACCAAGAGGAGGAAGAUAACUCGGAUUCUGAUUCGAAAUCGACGAGUUCUUCGUUAUCCGGGACGAAAUAUAGUGGGGGGAAUCGGGGCGGAAAUAAUGGGAGAAGUGCGAAUAGGUCGUACCUGUCGUUUAAUCGGGAACCGUUGGAUGUGAGAACCUGGUCAAACGUUACCAGCCCCGGAUUCACGAGCCGAGUGGUGCAACAAGCCAACGGAAACGGUAUUGAGGAUGUCGCUUCCCACAAUCUGCGAACAUUUACCGGAGGUAAUCCCAUCAUCAGCCGAGCGUCCCUGGCCAGAUCGCCCAACUUAAGCUUGCGCUUGGGACAACUGCCAAUUUCAACCUCGCCGAAGAGACGGACAUCUGCCAUGAUCAAUUUCCCGUCGCCGAAUAGAAGCAGUUUUUCUUACAAUCGAUUCUCCCGAGUUCAUAAAAGGGACAUGAAUGGGCCUGGCACCAUUUUCGUCAAGCUGGCCCCCGUCGAUUUAAAAAGUCUUCCCGUCGCUCCCAUCCAAAAUAGUGGGAUCUAUCCGAACAAUAAUUCGUACGACCAGCAGCAGCAACAGCAACAACAGCAACACAGUAGUCAUGGCCCUUCAAGGGCAGGAAAUAGUGGGGGGAUGGGAAUACGAGCGGGGGGAGGAAGUGGUUCCCCUAGUACCCCCACGUCCCCUGGACUGGGCGGGAGUCCCUUGGCCCAAAGGUUUGGUCGGCUUGGGUGGCGUAAUAAAUAUCCUGGACCUCAAUCAACCGGAUAUAUCCCGAUGUCUCCGACAAACAGUAAUAUUCUUGACAAUUACAAUCGGAAGAGGGGCCGAGAUCUUGACACCAGCGUAAAUUCAUCUCAAACGACUGACUUAAUUAAUCGUGUCGGACCUUCAAAUUCCACUCCAAAGUCGUCCCUAACGAGUCCCGAAGAUCAAAAAAAGUUUAUAAAAAGAGUAAAAUACGUGACCGAGCAGGAUAUCAGGCACCACUCGAAUCGUCCCUUAAACUAUGACGCAUACCACGAUUCGCCUUCUGGAAGUGACCCCAUGACCUCGAAAUCCAUCCUGGAACAAAUGAACCAGACGGAGAAGCGCUUUUUCCCUGAUGUCAGUCCAAUAACGUCGGCCGCAAAGAGGACAAAAUUGUCCAGCAUCCCAACAAGUGGGAUUCGUAAAAGGAAAGUAAUGGGCGAAAACGGGAUUAGCAUAGUAGAAUUGGAAGAUGACGAAGUUGCUCAAGAUCCCAAAUCGAAAACUGGGAAGUUUUGUCAUUGUAACGAAUGCUACGCGGAAGCGGCUGGGAUUUCAAUGCUGAAUAAUAAUAACAGUUUGGUUGCAUCCCCACCAAGACCUUCGCCAACUCUACUGCCAAAAAAGACGGUAACUUUUGAAGCGUCGACUUCUUCGAAAAUGAAUACUUCUUCUUCUUGCGACAAGGGGACCGGAACUGAUAUGGAGAUGACCACGCCGGAGAUUAUUAUACGCAUGGCCACCCAGCAUACUCUCAUUACGAAAGAGAAGUAUGAUUACGAUCGAAUAAAGCGGAUAGAAAGAUUUAAGCGAAUUUUGGGAUUAGAACCAACUAAACCACCGGCAGAAAAUGAUCAAAAACCAGUCGAACAACAAUCCGUGGAUGUGAUGGAUGGAAAUAAAAAUAAAACUGCUCCGCCGCCAACCAUUGAAGUUAUUCCACCUACACCGGCGACAUCCACGUUUGCAUUGCCGCAACCUAAAGUCACAGAAGUCACGAAUGCGUUAACUUCUACAACCAGCAGUAAUGAUUCGGCACCAUCGUCUACCAAUGCCAACGUCAGUGAAGCGCCCAAGGUCACGUUUGGUGCAGUAAAUAUAAUUCCUGCUUCUAACUCGGUUGUUGAAACGUCAACGGAUGUCAAACCGAUCCAAUUUACACAACCAAAAGUUGAAACAACGACGACGGAGUUACCAAUAAAAACUGAAGGCACUCAAGGAUUCAAUUUUGGGUCACCGGCAACAACAACCACCGCCGCCUCACAACAAUCCACAAUCCCCACUUUUUCCAGCUCUGCGCCCACAAGCGCUAUUACUUUUGGAGGAUUCUCUUCCACCCCGACGGCGACGACAACAUCCGCGCCGGCACCUACUUUUGGUGGAUUCUCGUCUCCUGCGACAACAACAUCAGCCCCUCCUGCAUACGGAUCUACCACCACCACGGCAGUGUUUGGAAGUGGGACGGGAUCGGGUUUUGGUGUGGCAGCUGCACCCACGACAACGACAACUGCAUCCUCAGGAUUUGGCAGCACAAACGCUGUCCCAAUUCUCACGUUUGGAAAUAAUAAUCAAAUCCAGACGACUAGCGCGGCACCGGCGGCGACGACGACGACAAGCGGGUUCAAUUUUGGUCAAUCUACGACAACCACCACGACUACCAGCGCACCAUCGAGUUCGAUAUUUUCUUUAGGAGGAGGAGGACAAACCAGCGCUGCCCCAUCCAAUAUAUUUGGAUCCUUGACCCCCGCAUCGACAAGCAGCAACAAUAUUUCUGGAUUUGGCAGUUCCACCCAAUCUGUCCCAACCUUCGGGUUAUCUGCAUCAACAACCCCGUUUGGUGGUGUAACUUCAACCACUACUGCUGCUCCAACAUUUGGCUCAUCAGCAGCAACGACAGGUUUCGGUGCGGUAGCCCCACAAGCAGCAGCAACGCCGUUCCAGUUUGGGCAAGCUCAAUCUCAGCCGGCACCAAGUACGGGUUUUAACUUUGGCUCAACAGGAGCGCAACAACCGGGUACCUUCCAAUUUGGGAGCACACCUCAAACAUCCGAUCAACAACCCGCGGACGGUGCUGCUGGUAUUAAAAUCGUGCCAUUGCCAAAGCUUGAACUUAUCGCACCUACACCGACGACGUCCACGUCCGCAUUUUCAUUCUCGCAACCUCAAGUCUCGAGCACUACUGUGUCUUCAACCAACAAUAAUGAGCUGGCAUCGCUGACUAAUGGAGCGCCCAAGAUCACAUUUGGUGCGACAAGCGGAUUCCCUACUUUUGGCUCGGUCAGUGGAACAACGGCAGAUUCUUCGGAAGCCAAACCCUUCCAAUUUCAGGCAAAGCCGGACGCAGCGACGACAGAGCAACCAAUAAAGAAUGGAAUCAUGGGAGGAUUCAAUUUCGGGUCACAGACAACCACCACGGCCGCACCACAAUUCACAACGCCCAGCAUUUUCGGCUCUACACCGGCAGCCACUAACAAUAACGCCCCAACUUUUGGUGGAUUCUCGUCCGCUGCUCCGACAACCUCAGCCCCUCCUACAUUUGGAUCCACCACGCCAAUGUUUGGAAGUGGGGGAGGAUCAAUUUUCGGUUCGACCGCUCCAACCGCCUCGAUAAAUCCGUCAUCCUCCGUGUUUGGCAGUAAUAAUAAUACGUCAACUAGCGCAUUUGGAGCCAGCACCAACGCUCCACCACUCUUCGCCUUUGGAAAUAAUAAUCAAAUCCAAACGACCAGCGCACCAACAACCGGAGGAUUCAAUUUUGGUCAAUCUGCAACCACCACCACUACCAGCGCUCCAUCAAGCUCGAUAUUUUCUUUGGGAGGACAGCAGCAUAACAACAACACACCAUCCAACAUAUUUGGAAACUUGACCCCCUCAUCGACAAAUUCUACGACAAACAACAACUCUAUUUCUGCAUUUGGCAGUUCCACCCCAGCCUUCGGAUUAUCUGCUGCAUCCAGCCCAAUUUCACAGCCGUUCGGCAGUGGUGGAAAUAUGACCAGUCCCACGCCUACAUUUGGCUCUCCAGCAGCAGCAAAUUCCAGCUUUGGUUUCGGCGCGGCCCCACAAGCCCCACAAGCAGCAGCUCCCUUCCAAUUUGGUCAAACGCAAUCUCAACCUGCAUCCAAUGGAGGUUUUAACUUUGGUUCGGUCGCAGGAACUGCGGGGACGCAGCAACCUCCCGUUUUCCAAUUUGGAGGAGCACCUCAAACCGCGGGGGCGGGACUCGCUGGAGGCUUCAACUUUGCGUCACAAGCAGCAUCCACCACUCCGAUGGGGGCUCCUUCCCCGGGUGGAAAUAUGUUCAGCCUUGGACAAGCAACCGCACAACCAAGACGAAGACCCGUGCAGCGACGAUAUCGUUAAAAUUCACAAUCUCACUCACUCUACUAAUUGAAAAAACAAGAUAAUAUUUACAAAUCAGAAUGAUUCGUGUGACGAAUACAAAUUAAUAAGUUGCCUCUGUACCAACAUUGGCGGUGGAAGCAGGGAGACAUUGACCCCCCAGAAAUUCAGCAGAAUCGUAUCUUGCCCAAGUUAAUAAGUCCCUCUUCCUCCACAAAUGUCCCCCCAACUUCCGCCGCCACUGUGUACCACUAGAAAUUUCACUGUACGUAUAUACACCAAGCCAUAUGUAACAAGAAUCAAACUAAUUUUGACUAAUUUUCUACUCUAUAAAUCUAAAUUGCCUUGGAUUAUUAUAUAGCGAUAUUUGAACUUUUCUUGAAUGAGCUCGAUAAAUUCGAUAAGACCAAGUUAUUAUCCUGAGAAGGUUGUAUGUAACCAGUGGGAGCACUGAUUAAUUAAUCAAUGAUCCACAAUAUUUACUUGUGUAUCACUACAUAUUUACAUAUAAAAUAUAAAUAUAUUACUUAUUAUUAUGUUACGUCAUUGGUGUAAAAUAUUUCGCUAUGGUGGAAUGUGAAUCAUUGUGAUAUUAAUCUCGCAUACAUAAUCGCCAAAGUUUUAUACAUAAAUAUUUACUCGCAAUCGCAAAACAAAAAUGUAUUUCCACCAUACGCUGAAAUAUUUUGUUCCAAGUGAACUAAGAAACUGAACCUAGUGAUUAAGAGAGACUUCUACAAUUAAUUAAGCAUUAAUUAUUAUAUGUAUGUCAUACCUUGGAAAUAUCGUGCAAAAGUUAUCGGUUAAGAAACUAGUCGGAAACGGAAGUUGUCGGAUCAAAAUGCAAGAAAAAUAUUAUAAAUUUCCCAAAAAUUUAUCCGACAACUUAUGUUUCCGAUGGGUUUUUAGGUCGACAACUUCCGUUUCCGACUGAUUUUUUAACCGACAACUUUUGCACGAACAGCAAUGAUAUGAUUUAUUGUUUCUUGUUCAGUUUUUUUCUAGAAUUUCCGAGUUCAAAACCGGAAUAUUAAUUUACAUACUUGAUAUGAAAGCAAAUUCAACCUUGUAAUGUUUUUACGAGUAGUUUUUUUUGCCUUUUUGUGAUUCAUGACUUAUUUACAAUUUUCCCAUGUUGAUAAGCAUGCCGGUUGAAUUUGCUCUCGAUUGAUGGAAUAUAUUUGAUAAUAAUUGUUUUGUUUAUUAUAUUUUAAAUCAAUCCCUUAUAAUUUUCUUUCUAAUUAAUUUUAAUUGUUGCUAAAAACAAUACGUGAAACGAAUGAUGAACGCGUUUUAGCUUGUUUAAAAGUGUUCUUUCUCUUAUUUUAAGUGUAGGUAUUUGUAUUUAAGAAAUUUUCGGAGCAGGCGUAAAUUACUCUGAAUAAAGAAAGUAAUUAUGGUUGCCUUUGUA